AAUAUUCAAAUUUUCAUCUUGCGCAUGCGCAUUUCCAAUUAGUUGUCACAGCAACCUGUAUCAACAACGUAAUUUUUUGGCAGAUUGUUUUUAUACGACGGCAACAACAAUAUUGUCAUAAUGACAACAGAACCACCUCUCUCUGAUCAGCCUUCCUCAGCAGGGGGAAAAGGAGAUGCAAAUGCAAAUAACAAUGCUACAAGCAAUGCCAAUAACAAUGCUAAUAGCGCAAAGAGGGGAGGGAGGAGUGCAAAGCGGUCUAUACCAUCACCCAUUACUAGUGCUAAGACUAAUCCUGCAGCUGACAAUCGUAACAUGAGACGCAUUAUAGCAGAGGAUCCUGAUUGGUCACUGGCCACUGUACCUCUCCUGACAGAGCUUUGUGUAACACAUAUUGUUACUAAUUUUGCAGAACACCCAAAGCUGGAUGAACUACUCCCCAAGUACAAAUCCAAAGUCCUUGAAAAGAUCUCUGUGGAUCUUCCACUCAAAGUAGUAGCUCAUCUUGUAUCAGAUGAAGGCUAUUGGCAGAGAAGAUGCAAAGCUGGUAAGGAAGUCUGUGAUGUAUCAAAGUAUGGUGACAGCUGGAAACGCAUGUUCUUUGAAACACACUUGGAGAACAUAAUUGAACACUUUGUGCCAGAGACAUCUGACAUGGCGUUAGUAGAUAAUACAUUGCCUCUCUGCGCUCCUUAUGUGAAGAGACUCCAUAUCAAGCAGCUGCUGCCUCCGGUCAAAGAAGAACCAACUAAGAUCUUGGAUGACAUCUCUGAGACUGGAAGUGAUGCUGGUCUUGAUGGACCUGUCAUGGAUCACUUUGAGUUUUCUAGCACUCUUGCAAAGCUUCCUCACCUUGAAGAGUUUAGUGUUACGUAUGGAGUAAGGGAUUGUGGGAUGAACUUUGAGUGGAAUCUCUUCCAGUUUACUGCGAGGGAUUGCAUGCUCCUCUCAAAGUGCAUCAAGAAAUGCAGUCAGCUCAAGAAGUUCCAGCUCCAUAGAAGCAAGGUAGAUGAUGACAAAGCUAGGGUUCUCAUUGCCCACAUCCUAGACCAUCCAUCAUUAGAAGAGCUUGACCUCUCACAUAAUAUCAUCAGUGAUCAUGGAGCCAGAGCCAUAGGUAAAUUCUUGAAUGGACACUGCAAAUUGACCAAGCUGGAUUUAUCAAACAAUCGGAUAAGGUCUUCAGGGGCAGGUGCUAUUGGGCAUGCUCUUGGAAAGAAUGAAACAUUGAAGGAGCUGGACCUAAGGCUAAACAGGAUGGGAGAUGAAGGUGGACAAGCAAUCUGCAGAGCUCUGAUGAAGAAUACCACUCUUGAAACUAUCAACAUUGGUAGUAAUGAAUUGAGUGAACCAACAGCUGCUUCAUUGGCUCAAGUUCUCAUCAAUAAUGAUACUCUUGUCAAUAUCAAUGUAUCCUGUAAUAGACUUGGUCAGGAUGGAGGAAAGCAAGUUCAGGAAGGAAUGGAGGAGAAUGCUAUAGUGAGAGAUCUUGAUCUUAGAUUGACUGAAGUUGGUCAGGAGAGUGAAUACUGUAUCAAUCAGAUCCUCAAGAAGAACCAAGAGACAUUCCGCAUGCAACAACUUAAAAUCAAAGAGAAGGAGAAACAAGAUAAAGCAUCCGUAGAUAGAUGAAUUCAUUGUAGAGCACUGAUUGCACACCUUAUGAAAAUUAUUUUCCCAUUGUAAGAGGAGAUCCCAGUGUAUUACCGGUAAUAACAUACCAAGGUUUCAUUAUUAAAAUUAAUUAUUUUUGUUUUGUAAGUUAUCAUUUUCCUGUUACCAAAUAUGUCACAAGUUGCAAGAAAUAAGAUUGUGAAAAUUUUUUCAAUUUUUUUUUACAAAUUUAUAAUUGAAAUUAUAUUUUUGCACAGUGAAUUAGUGUAAUGAAUUACAAUGAAGUACCUUGAUUGACUACUCCACAUUCUAUUAUAAAGCUCUGUUAAUGCUGUUAACAACCCCCAUGACAGUCUCUGUCUUUGCAGAUGUGGAAUACAAAACAAUGCUACUAUGCUAUAUUAAUGUGUAAAUGUAUCCUCAUAGAAAAGAUAUGCUAGUGUUCUCCAGACAAGAUCCUGUGAAAUAUUUUGUUGUCAAGUCUUUUAGUACUGGGUUGAUCUGUGUCUAGGAGGCAAAAGGUGAAUUCUCCUGGUUAUUCAAUCUUUGACUUUUAUUCCAAUUCCUUUACUGUUGUUUUUUUUAAUUCCACAUUCAAGAAGGAAAAGUGUAGUAAAAUAGUGCUAACGGUGGUAUCGACUAGUGACUUGUCUGUUAGCAAAUAAGGAUUAUUUCUAUUAAACUUUUUUUUUCGAAAGUUCAAUCACAAAAAGGUCAAAAUGGAUGACAAUUUUAUUUUCAAGAUGAAAAAAGGUAUAAAGAUAGUUUUCAAUAAUAUAUUACAUUUUGUUACAUCAUGAUAUAGUAGAUAUAUAAGAUAAAAGCAAAACCAUUACAAGUACUUUAGUUUUAUAUUAUACCCAUUAUUUCAUUAUGUUGCAAUAUUCCAAGUGAAAUUCUUAUUUAAAUUUAAAAAAAGUAAUUAACUUUUAAACAAAAUUCAUGGACUGAUAAUAACAAAAGAUUCUUGUUUAUUUGAUGAGAUUGAGAAGGUUAAUAGAGAUUUAAAGUAAUAUUCAUGUGGUGUUAUAUAUAUUUGGAGUGAAUCAAUUGGGCCCUCUAAUAUAAAGUGUUAAUUCUGGAAGCAUCAUGGUGCAGCGCGGUUCUGACUCUAGCCAUGUAAUCAAGAGGGUCAUGUGUUCAAAUCCCACUGUGGCCUAGGGUCUUCUGGCAAGGCAUCAAUCCACACUUUGCCACUCUCCACCCAUGUGAUAAAUGAGUGCCUGGUAUGAUUUAGAAACAUAUGUAGUAUGCUUAGCAAAUGAAUCUUGGAACUCACACUGUGUGCAGGCAUGCCAUGACCUGAUGACCAAGUAAUAGUAAAGUUAAAUGCUUGGAAAAAUUAUGUAUUCAGCGCUAUAUAAAUUUAACUAUUGUAAUUAUUAAUUAAAUUGUUCAUUUAAGUGUAAUUUUCAGUCUGACAACACAUGUACAAAAAGUUACAAUUGUUAAUAUUAAUGUGUGCAUUACAAGUCCCUACACCAACAGUGUAAUGACCCCCCCCCCCCCUGUCUCUCUCUAAAAAAACAUAAAAGUGAGUGGGGUCAAGGAUUUGUGUGCUAUUUUUUGAAAAAUUUUAGAGAGCAUGCCCCCCCUACAAAUUUUUAAAAUCAAGCACUCAAUUAAAAAAUUAUUUCAGUCAUAGCUUCUCAAAAACUCAGUAUCUGGUGAGGUUGACUGGUGUUUCUGAUGUAUUUUACCAUCUGUUUUGAGUAACCUCAAAGUCUUUGCCACAUCUUCUAGCGAAUGUUUGUAUAGUCUUUUAUAGUAGCUGUGAAAAUAAAAAAGAUGCUUAAAGGAUUCUUGCAGGAAAGACUUGGCAUUGACUUUGCCAAGGUGCCUAAACAUACUCUUUUGCAUAUAUGUGCAUUGUAUAUAGAUAUCUGAUUCUAUUUCUGUUAAAAUAAAGAUAUGAAACUUAAAGACAUGUA